AUGAUUAUUAUUAUUUUAUUUAUUGAAUACAAAGAUAUUCCUAGUGAUUGUUAUACAGAUGACGGAAAAACACUUAGAGAAGUUAAGGAUUCAUCACCAAACCUCAGAAUAUCAUCUAAAUGCGAAAUUAUUCAAGAGAACUGUUUUAAGGAACUAUUUUCAUUGGAAUAUUUUGCAUUUGGAGUAAAUCCUAAUUUAGCAGUAAUAGGAAAAGAUAGUUUUUACUACUGUUCUUAUCUUAAAACUAUUGAUCUAUCUCUUUGUAGCAAACUUACAAAAAUUUCUGAAAGAGCAUUUUAUUUUUGCUAUAAUGUUGCUGAAAUAAUUUUACCUAAAGGACUUCUUGAAAUACAGAAUAGUGCUUUUAAUAAUGUUGGAUAUAUAACAAGUAUCAUAAUUCCAGCAUCUGUAGAAAUUAUCGGUGAAUAUGCAUUUAAUGGUUGUAAUAAACUAGAAAAUGUUAAUUUUGAAGAAGGUUCAAAUUUAACUUUUUUAGAAGAUGGAUUAUUUAUUGAUACUAAUAUUAUUUCUUUUCGUAUUCCAGAAAAGGUAAUAAACAUUAGUGGAUAUGCAUUUUCUGAUGCCAAAUUAACAAAUCUUACGAUUGAUGAUAAGAAUAAAUAUUUAAAAUUUGAAAAUAAUACUGUUUUAUCAGCAGACAAAAGCGUUUUGUUUUUUAUCUGCAAUAAAUCGGAAACAUAUGAAAUUCCCGAUUAUGUUAGAACUUUAGGAGAUUAUCUAUUUUUUGGAUCCAAUUUAAAAUCAAUAACAAUUCCUGAAUCUGUCAUAUCUAUAGGAGAUUUCUGUUUUAGUAGUACAAAACUUAUAUCUAUUAUCAUUCCAAAAAGUGUUAAAAAGAUAGGCAAUGCUGUUUUUGCUGCUUGUCAAAAUCUAACAAACGUUACAUUUCAGGGAUCAUUAGAAAUCGGAAUUGGUAUAUUUUUUUGGGGUGGGAAUCUUGAACUUGUAAUUUUUCCUAACAUAUCAAUGAUUGUUGAUUCAGAAAUCUUUAUCUCAGAUAUGACUCCAAAUUUUAAAAUGUCAUUUACUCACAAAACUUUAUUUUCAUUCAAUUCAAUUCAACAAAUUGCAAAUAUUUCUGUGUCAUAUUUGAAUGAACCAAAUCUUAUCAUUAACACAAAUUGUUUUGUAACAAAUUUUGAUCAGACAGAAAUUUAUGAAUUUUGGGGAUAUAACUACAGUGAAAUUACAAUUCCAAAAACUGUAGAAAUUAUUGGAGUCAGUGCAUUUGAAAAUUCAACAAUUAAUGAAAUAUAUUUAGAAGAAGGUUCUCAACUUUCUGUGAUUCAAGAUUGUGCAUUUCGAAAUUGCUCACAAUUAAAUUCAUUUAAUUCCUCUUUAGCAAAUUUAAGAAUGAUAGGAUAUUCAGCAUUUAAAGAUUGCAAAAAUUUGAAUUCAAUGAGUUUUGGAUAUUUAAAUUUAGUUAUUUAUAAUAAUUCAUUUGAAAAUUGCAUUAAUUUAGAAAAUGUAACCAAUAUGACUGAUAUACCAAAUGAAUGUUUUUCUGGAUGUACAAAGCUGUCAACAAUAGGAAUUAUGGAAGGGGCAACAUAUAUUGGAGUAAGAUCAUUUGAGAAUUGUAUUUCAUUAGAGAAUAUUAUUAUUCCAUCAUCUGUUGAAAAAAUUUCAGAAUAUGCAUUUAUUAAUUGCAACAAUCUUAAAUCAAUCACAUUUUCAGAAACAAAUUCUCUAUCAAAUAUAUCAAUCAAUUCUAUUUCAGGAUGUGAAUCUCUUAAAAACAUCAGUAAUUUUGUAUCAAAUAAUCAUAAAUACAAAUGCAUUGAUAAUACAAUUUAUUAUCAAAAUGAUACUAAACUCGAUCUUAUUUAUCAUUUGAGUCAUUCUAUUGAUGACGUAUUAGUUAUCAAGUGUGAUGUUAUCUGUCAAUAUUCAUUCAAUCACAGCAACAACAUUGUUAACAUCAGUCUUUCAUCAGAGAGUGUUUCACAUAUUGAAUCAUAUUCAUUCAAUGAUUGCAAGAACUUAAAAUACAUCAACUUUCCUCUCUCAGUUGAAAUUGUUUCGACAUUUGCAUUCCAUGAAUGCAAAUCUAUUCGAUGUCCUCUUGUUAUUGAAAAUAAAGCAAUUGACUAUAUUAGAAUGAUCAUUGAAUCUGGAAUCCCUCCAAAACUCCUUAUUUCUUGUCGAGUUGUUCAUGGUACAAACAAACUUCAAGUUAUCAAACGAAUAUAUAAUAAGACACAAGGAAUUUUCUGGAGAUAUCUUUCCAAAUAA